CCGUCGCAAGUCAAAGAACAUGAUUGGUAGCUCUAUGGUGAUAGAAGGCAAUAGUGAGAAGGAAGUUUGGGAUCGUCUCCAAAGCGAUAUCUAUUGCACUGGUAAUGUCUGGGACAUGAGAACAGCUCAACUGAUCCCUAUAGUUGAUGGCUUCAAAGAUCUUAAAUAAAGCUUAGUAACUGUACGUGUAUAUCGUACAUUAUGGUUAGCAACAAUAAAUCGAGUAUUACCAAAUGGCUGUACUUCCAUCGCAUGCAAGUGACUGCUCAAAGUAAAGUGAAGGGUAGGCAAUGUCCGUCCACAAUUCGCUCAUACUUUGCUCGUUGUUCCAUCAAUGCAAUCCGAAAGCAACAGUUACAAGUUCCCGGCCAUCCAUGAUUUCCCUCCCUUAUAUACCCGCCAACCAACGGAAUCGACCUGGCAAAACCAAGUGAAAGAAUGGGAAAGAAUCAUCCUGGCAUACUACCGCUCUCAGCGACUAUACCGCCUGAAUUUAGUAGAGGCUACCGUUCCCGGCGCGUCUCCACUAUUCGAUAAUACAAAGAUUAAGCGGCGCUUAUCAUUGGAGACUUUGGAAGAGAUUGUUAAUGAGAUGGUCCGAAAAGGACUCGCAGAGUGGGUCACGGACUCUAAUACAGGCUCCAAGUCGGCCGCACGUACACAAGCUCUCAUAUAUUGGCGAAAACCAGAAGAAUGGUCUUCUUUGCUGUGGAACUGGAUAAACGAGCAAGGAUUUAACAACUCGAUUAUGACGGUAUACGAAAUAGCGAAUGGAGAAGCUGCAGAAGGGACAGAUUUCUACGAAAUGGAUACCACUGUGUUGAUAAAAGCUCUCGAAGUCCUCAGUGCCAAUGGUAACGCUCAAAUCUUUACUGGCACUGGAGAUGUCGAUAGCAUUGGCGUCAAGUUCUUUGGAACAUAGAUACAUAUUAUACACGACUCAUCUAACCAACAAGAUCAUUUAAAUACUUACGAUGUAACUUAUGUAAAUUACCCAUACUUUCAACUUCGCAGCAAUCAUAGUGAACAUGGCCAGGAUUAUUCCUUCAGAAGCAUAUAAAACCAUUUUGGCUCAUACAUGGAAUUUACAGUUUACAACAGGCUACUAAGAUACUUGCAAAGGCGUUUUUCAUUUACGAUGGGGGAUAACAGGGAAUAUGUAUCCGAUAAAGCAUUAUAGCGUUUUUACUCGCUGAUUGUUGUGCAGUUCAGACGUUUGCAUUACAUCUACUGUAUAAGAAUGUCAAUUGAAAGUUAUGAAGAUGCUAAUUUCUUUCGAAUCAUGUUUAGAGCAGAUCCUGCCUUGAACCAUUCAAUUUGAGCU